AUGGCUUCAAGGGCAGCAGAGUAUUUUCGGUCCACGGUUGACACGACAGCGACAGCGACCCCAUCUCCAGCAAACUGCACGCAGGCAUACCGGGGAAAAGAUGAAUUGGCAUAUUUGCUCUCACAGAAGCCGCUCGGCACACCCCGCAGAGUCAAAGUGAUUGUAUUAGGCGCUGGUUUUAGUGGACUGUCCUUUGCACAUGAAGUGCAAACCGGAUCUCUCCCCAACGUUGACCUCCAGAUAUUCGAGAAAAAUGCUGGAGUUGGAGGGACUUGGUUUGAGAACAGAUAUCCAGGCUGUGCUUGUGACAUUCCAAUACAUAACUACCAAUGGUCAUGGGCCCCCUAUCCCUACUUCGAUAGAUACUACGCCACGGGCCCCGAGAUCCGAGGUUAUAUCGAAGCAGUGGCUGAUCAACAUGAUCUUCGUCAAUACGUGAAAACUUCACACAUGGUUACAGGUGCAACCUGGGACGAAGUCCGACAGGUUUGGCAGGUACAGGUUCAAAAGACCAACGGCAAAGAAUUGAUUAGAUCGAAGUGUGAUUUCUUACUAAAUGCUUCCGGCUUCGUCAAUGACUGGAAAUGGCCCGAUAUCGUCGAUUUUGAAGCUUUCCAAGGAAAAGUUGUACACACAGCGGCUUGGGAUGAUGAUAUUGAUCUCGUUGGAAAGAAGGUCGCAAUCAUCGGCAACGGAAGCAGUGGGGUGCAAGUCCUCCCUGCCAUCAAAGAUAAGGUGGCUGCAGUCUCCAUGUAUAUGCGAAACCCAACAUGGAUCACACCGAAUUUUGCGCUCAAUACAGCACCGAAGACCAAGGACCACGCCUUUUCCGAGGAAGAGAAGAAGCACUGGGCUGAAAACCCUGAUGAUUACCUCGCUUACCGGAAAGCAGUUGAGGCUGAGAUCAACUCCCAUUUCCCAGUCUAUAUCAGGGACUCGGCACAACAGGCGAAAGCAAAGGAAACCGCUAUCACUGGAUUAUGGAGUAAGCUGGGCGGGAAACCCGAACUGGCGAAGCUUCUCCAGCCCCAGUUCGCUGUUGGAUGUCGAAGAUUGACUCCUGGUAAUGGCUUUCUGGAAACUCUUGCUUCGGAUACGUGCGAAGUUGUAUGGGGCGAGAUAGAGCGAUUCACUCGACAAGGAAUCAAGUCAGCAGAUGAGAAGGGCACCAUUCGCGGCUUUGACGUUAUAAUCUGCGCCACGGGCUUUGACAUCAGUUUCACGCCGCGCUUCCCUGUCCUCGGGCUACAAGGGCAGAACCUACAAGAUAUGUGGAAGGAGAAACGCCCGGAAGCAUACCUGUCUAUCGCCGCUGAGAGCAUGCCUAACUACUUCACCUACCUCGGUCCUUCUUGCCCUAUCGCUCAUGGCAGCCUAGUCACAAUUGUGGAAAUGGUCACAAAAUACAUUGCCGAGCUCAUACGAAAGGCUCAGACAGAGAACUACUCAUCGGUUGUCGUAAAGCCUGGGAUACCAGCCGCCUACAUGAAACAUGCACUUGCGUGGCUCGACAAAUCUUCAUGGAAUAGCGGGUGUAUCAGCACAUACAAGAACGGCAAGCAGGAUGGCGAAUUGGUUUCUUUGCACCCCGGCUCUCGUCUGCAUUUCUUUCGCCUCCUCCAGACACGACGAUACGAAGACUACAGCUGGAAGAGCUUUUGUGAUGACCCAGAUCUGAGGUUUGCAUGGCUGGGAAAUGGAUAUGCGCUUGAAGAAACGCUGUCCGAUAAGCAGAGAGAUCCGACGUAUUGGCUGAAGCCAGUUGCAAAGGAGUGCCAUAUUCGCAGGGUUUCAUCGCAGACCACUGCUUUGGGUGAUGGUCCACACAAGGCUGCCUAUACGAACGGAGAGCCUGUGAUCGGGAAUGGGCAUUUGGACAAGAAUGGAGUCCAGGAAAGGUAG